ACUUCUCUUUCUGCUUCGCUCAUUGACUGGAGACUGCUGACUCUCUGACAGUUUUUUUCAUCACUUCUGUUUAUUUUAAGGACAUCGCAACCAUAAAGAUUCAUACUGAGUUAUAUGGACCUCUGAUGUGCAGCUUCUGAAGGCAACACGGAGACAGAACCAUGUCAGGUGACCACAUUUUGAAAUCUACAUUUUUUUUUCCAUAAUCAUCAGAAUCAGAAUACUUUAUUUAUCCUGGGGAAGAGUUUGGUCAUUACAGCAUUUCACUUGCUCUUGCUAAUACAAAAAAUAGUAGAAGGAGAAUAGAAGUAGGAAUCAAUAAGAGGAAAUAAGAAAUUGCAACAGUUUUUAAAAUGUGCAGAGUAUGAGAAAUAAAGCUAUUUAUAAAGCACAGGGAGUUUAAGAAAUAAGCUAUGUACAUGCAUAAAGACUAGGAAGUAUGCAUAAGAUAUUGAUGUAUAAUUAUUUGGAUCUGCAUUAAUCCAUGUUAUUAUUCAUGUAAAAAGAUGGAGUAAGAUGAUACUCUUUUGAUCGCAGUUGUUUUAUCAUUAUUAUACAAAUAUUUUAGGAAAAAGAGCAAUAAUAAUAGAAGUUUGGAUAAGUUCAAUAUCUGCAUAAGAGAUGGUCUAGUAAAUUUUAUAAUUUUGUGAAUUAUAUUUUCUUUUCUUAAAGAACUUGCAGGGGCUUUUUAUUUUUUACCAUCUGUACAACCUAUUAGGCAAACAGUCAUUCAGACCACUACCGUUAAUAACUGAAGUACUGAAACUGAGUCAUAGAGAGAAAAAUGAGUCAUACAGAGAAAUUAUGAAAAAAAAAGUAUUUGCCAGUUUCAAAUCCUGUCCAAUCCCUGUUUAAUUCAGUUGCCAAUAUUUUCUCUAAAACACAUUCCGAAUGUGUACAUCUAAAGAGAUUGUGACUCUGAACAUGAGUGAAACACUCUUUUUCUUUCAAAAUUUUGUUGUUUCAAAUUGGUAAACGUUUUGGAUGUUCCUCAAUAUGGGGCCAGCAGGUGGCACUGUGGCUUCAUUAUAAAUUCAGGGCUAUUUCAUGCAAAGAACCACUGAUGAUCUGUAUGCUUGACUAAUUCCAGAGUGUGUUAAUUUAACACAAUUUCUUGGCACAAUAACAAUUACAAACAGCAUUAAUGUUUCCCAUCAGUCCAACUCUGAUCCUUCACUUUGAUUUCUAAAAACUAAUUGUAUAUUCGUGUAUACAAAGGAAUCAAGACAGUUUUACUACAAUACUCACAGUGCUUUGGCUAAACAUGUAAAUUUUUUUAAACUCUCUGCAGGGUAUGAGGCAAACACCACCACCACCAUGGCAUAUGACUACUCAUCCUAUUAUGGUCUUUCUGAAGAGGAUGACUUUGCUCCAUGUAAACUUACUGAAUUGAGAGAUUUUGGGAGGAUCUUUCUGCCAACUGUUUACAGUUUGGUCUUCAUCCUUGGCUUCAUUGGUAUGUAUUUGAGUGUGUGUGAAAACGAGAGAGUAACACAGAUACACAUGCAGAGACAGCUAAUUAAAGAGGGGUUUUUCCAAUUUAAACCUUUCAAUAGAUUCAAUGUCUGAACAAAAGAGCCAGCGAUACAAUUGAAAGAUGGUCUACAAAAAUAUACUGUAAACAAUAUGAGUUCACAAAGUCUAUUUGUAUUAUGUUUGAAAAAAAAUAACUUACUUUAAAUAAAACACAUUCAACUGCAAAAUCCAAAUCCAAGAAACUACAAAACCAAAAAUAAACACUGGAAGCAAGGAAGGACACAGAAGCACUGGGAAUACACAGGCUUAGACAAUAAACCAACAAAGAAAGAGGGAAAGACAGGGAUGGAAUACACACUUUGGGAAACAAGCAACAUGUGAGACAGGCAAGACAGGUGAGACUCAUGAGUAAUUCAAAAAAGGAGAGAAAACUGUGGAAGUAAAACCAGAAUUGACACACAGGGAUUGACGACUACAACAAAAAACAGGGAGUCAAACUAAACCAGAUAUCAAAGAAGAAGCAGCCACAACAUAAACCAGGAAACAAUGAACACUAACCACAAGAAGAAAACACUGACAGAACAGGAUCAGGGAGGAACUUUAAACUAAAAAUGGAACAGAAAAUCCAAAAAAAGUUAAAAACAAAACUACGAGAAUAAGUCAUGACAGAUAGAGAGGCAACAGUAAGUCAAAUAACCACUCUUCACAACUAGAAGGUAUGCAGAAUAUACCAUCUCUAAAUACACAACACAUCCAAGCUUGAAGCAGAUGAACUACAGCAGCAGAGGACCACACCGGGUAUCAUUCCUGUCAGCAAAGAACAGGAAAAUGAGAUUACAACUUGCACAAAAUUUGACAAUAGAAGAUUGGAAAAAUGCUGGCUGGUCUGAUGAGUCUCGAUUUCAGCUGUAACAUUCAGAUGGUGAGUCAGAAUUUGGCGUAAACAUUAUGAAAGCAUGAAUCCAUCCUUGGUGUGGGGGACAUUUUCUUGGCACACUUCGGGCCCAUUAGCACCAAUUGAGCCUUGUUGAAAAGCCACAGCCUACCUGGCCUGGGUGUUGUUGCUGACCAUGUCCGUCCCUUUAUGACCACAGUGUACCCAUCUUUUGAUGGCUUUUUACAGCAAGAUGAUGCGCCAAAGCUCAAAUCAUCUCAGACUGAAACAUGACAAUGAGUUCACUAUACUCCAGUGGCCUCCACAGUCACUAAAUCCCAAUCCAAUAGAGCACCUUUAGGAUGUGGUGGAACAGGAGAUUUGCAUCAUGGAUGAGCAGCUGACAAAUAUGCAGCACCUGUGUGAUGCUCUCAUGUUAAUAUGGACAAACAUCUCUGAGAAAUGUUUCCAACACCCUGAUGAAAAUAUGUCACAAAGAAUUAGGGCAGUUCAGAAGACAAAACAGGGUCCAACUCAGUACUAACAGGGUGUACCUAAUAAAGUGGCCGGUGAGUGGAUAUCAAUAUUGUCAUCAGUCACUCGUAACUAUGAUACAAUGUCCAAGACAAACCAUUCCAUCCUCAGGCACCAACAUUGUUAUCAGUGAUGAAAAUAUGUCACAAAGAAUUAGGGCAGUUCAGAAGACAAAACAGGGUCCAACUCAGUACUAACAGGGUGUACCUAAUAAAGUGGCCGGUGAGUGGAUAUCAAUAUUGUCAUCAGUCAUUUGUAACUAUGAUAAAAUGUCCAAGACAAACCACCCCAUCCUCAGGCACCAACAUUGUUAUCAGUCAGUUUUAAGUCAUGAAAUGUCUGUUUCUUAUCUUUUUUGGUGUGAUGUAAACAAAGUCAGCUCCCUGGUUACAGAGUCUUGAGAACUUCCUCACGUAUGCUUAAAUGCUUUUUUCCUCUCCUCAGGUAAUGCCCUCGUACUUUGUGUCCUGUUGAAGCACCGCAACCAGACCAGUCUGACAGACAUCUGCCUCCUUAACCUGGCUGUCUCCGACCUCCUCUUUGUCUUCACGCUGCCAUUCUGGUCCAGCUUCGUUGUUGCUGGUCAGUGGACCUUUGGGAAUUUCAUGUGCAGCUUCGCCUCUGGCUCACACAGCACUGGCUUCUACUGCAGCAUCUUCUGUAUAGUUGUCAUGACAAUCGAGCGCUACAUGGCCAUCAUACACGCUCACCGGAUGGCACACCUGCGCACCGUCAGAGCAGGCGUGGUCCUGAGUGUGGUCAUGUGGAUGCUGAGUUUUGGUGUCUCUCUGCCUGUUUUUAUCUUCACAAAGGUGAAUGAGUCUGACCUGACCUGCUCCUACGACACUCAGAGCGGUGUUUGGAGGCAUUAUCAUGUCUUCACGGCUAACAUAUUGGGUCUUUUCAUCCCUUUGUUGGUAAUGGUUUUUUGCUACUCCAGGAUCAUCCCCAUAGUGAUGAAGAUGAAGAGCAUGAAGAAGCACCGUGUUGUGAAGCUCAUCAUCUCCAUUAUGGUUGUGUUUUUCCUAUUCUGGGGCCCAUACAACAUUUCCCUUCUCCUGAAUUUUAUGAAGUCUAAGCUGCCAGGUGAUGUGUGCACCCUGGAGAAAAACUUGAGGCUUUCAACAACGGUGACGGAGACCUUUGCCUACAUACACUGCUGCUUGAACCCCAUCAUCUACGCUUUUGUGGGACAGAAGUUUAUGAAACGGGUCCUGAAGCUACUGAAGAAUUGUAUACCCUGUAUCCCCUCGACCUACACCUCUGAUUUGUCAUCAGACUCUUACAGGAAAAGUUCAGCCAUAUCCAGGUCAUCAGAGAUCACCUCCACUUUUGUCAAGUAAAAUGGGAUGGAUUAUUUACAAUAAGUAUAUAAAGAUGGACCACAUGUCUCCACAGCCUCCUGUAGUAGAAAAGUGAAGCCAAAAUAACCCCACAGGCGCUGAGCUCUUCAUGAGUCUGUGCAACAAGGAUUUGAGGCCUCCUGCUCAAAGCCUGGCAUGCGAACACUGGAGCAUGCUCAGAAUGUCUCAGCCAGCUUCAGUCCAGUUGUGGUGCAUGUUAAUUGAUCCCUAACCACAUUAUUCAGGUACGUUAGUCCAACUAUGCGAAGUUAGGUUUAGUGUGAUUUCAGUUGGACUAAUGUGUUUACAUAAUUUUUAAAAAGUCUAGUUUUAGUCUGACUUUAAUCCCAUCACCUGUCAUUCUUACUAGAUAAUCUGGUGAACCUUAGAGCAGCUUUUGGCAAAAGAGCUGUCAAUCAUGAUGUAUUUUUUGUAGAGUCAAAUUCUGUUUUAAAACUAAACUUUGCUGAACGCAUACACAUAAGUAAGCAUGAUGACAGAUAAUGGCAGAUAAUAAGAGAUAAUGCUUCUUUUGACUUCCAAGUUUUCCCCCCAUCUGAUAAUAUAGAGGAAGAGGGCACAAUUACGCAUACUGCAGCCUGUAAUCGGGGGGGAGCUCCAAACUUUUGGCGUCACUCAUGUGGAGCUUUUGUGUUGUCCAUCUUUUUAUACGGUCUACAGGUGGGCAGAUGGAGAGUGUUUCAUAGACAUGCCCUCAUGUUUGUUACAGUUUCAUCUUGGUUGCUCAUGUUCAUAUGGCUUGAGUUUUUUUUCUUUUACGUCUUAAUUUUCCACAUAUGAUGAAAGCUUUUUUUUCCUUUACAUAAAAGCUGGUUUCCUUUUUCCUGUUUGUAAGUCUACUUUUUUUUUUUUGGUCUGUAAAUAUGAUCUGUUCCAACAAGUGAUAAACACCUGAUUCAUUUCUCUUUCAACUUUUUCCAUUGUGUACGUAUGAUCAACUUUAGGUGUUUCUGUAUUUAGCCUUUUUUUUUUUCUUUUUUUUUGUUAUGGCAGCAUUAACAACUUUUGUAUAAUCUCUGCUUUUUAACUAAAUGCGCUGUAACACUCCACCUGUUCAUGCUUCAUUGGAGGAAACGUGUAUAGAGGUGCUUCUAAAUGUGAGAGAAAAAAAAAAUGUCACUCAAAACACCUUGCAGCCCGUGUUUGUAGCAGACUCAAACCGCAGAGUUAGCUUUUCUCUUCCUUGCAUGUGAGUUGUUUUUUUUUUUCACACAUCUAGUGAUGAGGCUGCAAGUUGGUACAGAAACACCCAUACAGUGCAGAAAAGUUACUUAAAGAAAAAAAAAAACUCUUACGAAAUGGAAUUUUUUACUCUUGUUUAUGGAAGAAAGUUCACAAUUAAUCAGAACUGAAAAUUUUAUUACUAAAAGGUUGUCUGGCACCUUUUGCCCACAUGUUAAGUUUGCAUUUGUAUUUGUUUAUGAGGAACAAAUUUAGGCUCAUUAUUCAUGCCUAUAAUAUUUGUACUGCGCUGGUUUUACAUUACAUAUGUGUACACAUUUAAAGUAUUUUCCAUGUUUUCAUCUUUUUUUUACAUCGUGCCAUUUAGGCGGAAUGAUUUGUACAUCACAGUUUGAUUGUCCAUGUUUUUGUUAAUUUUUUUUACCUGAUGCUGGUUUAUCAUGUAACGAUUUCUUUUGUAGAAGUUCAAUCUGCCAAAAGCCAUUAAAGCUUUAUAAGUACCAAACA